GUGAGAGAAAGAGAGAGAGAGAGAGAGAGCGGGACAGCUGGCGCUGCACCUGGCACAGGCGGCAGGUGUCCUCGCUCGCCUCGUUCUUGUCCGCCAGCCGCUACUCCGCCAGUCGUGUGCCGUCCGUCUCCGGGACCGCUGGGCGAGAUGUUGUGUACUAGGACCGAGAGCCACGAACAAGGUAACCGCAGCAUCCUGGACAAGCUGUGCAGGGGCGGUAGUUUCCGAGUCAGGGAACAUGUCGAAAAGAAACAAGUCGAUUUCAUCAGAAGGGAUAUCGGGAACCGGAGUGUUUUCGACAAGCUCUGUAAGAGCGGCAGUUAUCGCGUCAAAGACGAUAGUUCGACCAAGAAGUUGAGCAGUGGAAGCUUCAACAGGAAGGAAAAGCCGACGAUGGAAAGGCACAAGAAGGGUGAAAGUGUCUUCAACAAAUUGUGCAGAAGUCGUAGUUUUCACGGAAGGGAAAUCUCCAAAGAGCCGAAGUGUGCACUCCUACCGAACUGCGUGUCAUUGGCGAGUACGCGUCGUACCCAGAACAGUAAGGAUGUGGAUAGUGGCAUGGGAGUGGAACGGCCCAAGGCGUACUUGGUCGAGGGAUCCUUACAAGCUACAGUGUACACGCCGCGGCAUGUUCUGGGGAAGUCGGGCAGGCCAGCUACCGUACUUCUUGUUUACCCAACCGGUCUUGACAGAGGGGGUCCCGCACGGCCCCUGUCCUCGGACCUCAACCCCCCUCGUAUUGACAGCUAUCGUUUCUCUAUGGCAAACCUUGAAGAUAGUCAAGAUGUGGACCUGGACGCGAUCCUGGGCGAACUGUGUGCACUGGAGUCCCAAUAUGAUGAGGCUCUGGCCACAACAUCUGCUAAACCGGGUGGGGAGAUGACUCAUCGGCGUACUACGUCCGAUACACCACGCACUGACAGUCCUGACAAUGAUUCUGCGUUUUCUGACAGCGUUUCCCUACUAAGUAGUGAGAGCUCUGCCUCCAGUGGACGCACUGACUCUCACUCACAGGUGGAUUGUGGUAAUGGUAAGACAGAGAAGAUCCGGCUUGCGCUUCAAAAAAUGAAGGAGGCAUCAGUUAAGAAGCUGUUCAUUAAGGUUUUUAGUGGCGACGGUAGUGCCAAAAGUCUGAUGGUGGAUGAAACCAUGUCCUGUGGGUAUGUGACAAGGGUCCUGGCAGACAAGAACCACCAAGGUAUGGAACCUCAGUGGGCUCUCAUGGAACACCUUCCAGAUCUGCAUCUGGAACGUGUGUACGAAGACCAUGAGCCUCUGGUCGAUAAUCUGAUGAUCUGGACAAGGGACUCGAAGAACAGACUCUUGUUUGUAAAGCGACCCGAGCGAACAAUGAUAUUUGAGCAGCCAGAAUUACUGAGCGGACCCAACAACACUACACGGGGUGACAAUGUGGACGAGUGCAGUAAAAACAAUAUGAUUGAGGAACUUUUCUCUGGUUCUUGUGUACCCAGCAUGGAAGGGCCCUUGUACGUGAAGAGUGAUGCCAAAAAAGGCUGGAAGCGCCAUCACUGUAUCCUGCGAGCUUCUGGUCUCUACUACCUACCCAAGGACAAGGCCAAGACUUCCUACAAGGAUCUGGUCUGCUUGGCGACCUUUGAUGUCAAUCAGGUAUAUUAUGGUGUGGGUUGGCGUAAGAAGUUCAAAGCACCAACGGAGUUCUGUUUUGCACUGAAACAUCCAAGCCUCCAGCAAGUCAAAUCCUCCAAGUACAUCAAGUUCCUUUGUGCGGACGACCAGACUACACUACACCAAUGGGUACUUGCCAUCCGCAUGGCCAAGCACGGUCGCCAACUACUAGUCAACUACCGAGCACUGUUGGAGGAAAGUCGUAUUUCGAAUUGUGAACGAAUACGAGAAACAAGCGUGCGGCAUAGCACCAUUUCUUCCUCUAGUCUCCUUGACACCGCUUCAGAGUCAGGAUCAAGUGGAUGUGAUGUGGGCUUUGAGUGUGACUUCCCUUCAGGGACAAUAAAACGGAAACCGCCCAAACUGCCAUUGACUGCUACCACACGCCAGCUCACGGAGAUCGCUUCCAACAAACACAUAGAGAGGGCAACCAGCUUCGAGAGCUUACCUCCCCCUCCGCCAGAGGUUUUAGAGAAUUUAAUUCAUCCCGAUGAGGACCUACCACCACCUCCUCCACCACCACGUUUAGCCCCACCUUCCACUGCCUUCCUCCAGGACCUGCAGAGAGUGAUGAGACGCAAAUGGCAAGUGGCUCAGAAGUGUAAACUAGACCACACUACCACACCACAUGAAGUUCUCGGGUUCCGAGACCCUCCCGACUACCGGGAGACCAAUGUCAGUAACUGGGUUGCAGAGCACUACGGGGGUCAGAAUCUUUACGAGAACGUGUACAGGCCACCUGGUUGUCAGGGGAUGCAGCUUGCCCCACCCAAGAAGAGACCUCCCCCGCCCCCACCACCACCACGAGCUGAGACGACACACCUCACCUCUAGGCACCCACAGAAAUGCUGACGCCUGUGCUCCCUCUCUUCUCUCUCCUACAUGGUGCUAAUUGUCAACAAACUAAUAAGAAAAGCUUGAAUAGAUUCCAGAUAUAGAAUUUUGUCCAUUAAUUGUAUUACAUAGUAAAAAUUCCUUUCCUUUUAUGUCCAUCCUAACUAUUUUAUCUUGUCUCAAUUUAAUUCUUAAAGAAGUUAAAAACAUAUAACUUAAGAAAUUGCUUUAGUGCCUUUACAUUUGAUAAAAGUAUUUCAUAAAAUUUUAUAUUUUGAAAUUGUAUGUAUAACUUUUCGUAUAUAUUUGAUCAUGUUUUAACUAAAAAAAAUGCAACCAUAGGUUUUAACAUCUGUAGUUAAUUUUCUGCUAUGAAAUAGAAAUCAUAUAAUCCCCACUAAAGGGGUUAUUACUCAUGUCCAUGUCAGAUAGACAUUCAAUUCUUUUUUAAUUAUUAGAUCAGUCAUAGUAACAUCGUUUUUGUAGUUGCUUACUCUGAAAAUAUAAUUUCUUCCUUAGUUUUGAUCUCAUAUACAAUAUUAACUACUCUCAUUUUACUAUUUACUGCAGCACUUGAAAGUUAAUUCAACAAAUCUGAAAUUUUUCCAAUAAAUUUAUGUUUACAGUUUUUUAGGAAUGUGAUAAAAUUAAUUAAUUCACUUUUUAAUUGAUUGUAUAUUACUUAAAUCAUAAUGAAAAUAUGUAGGCAUGUUAUUUUGUAUUAUAUGUUGUACUUAUGAGUUAGGAAUCUUUUAUAUUUAUUUAUUAAAAAUAAAAAGCAGUUAUACGAAGUUAAACUGUGUUUUAUACAGCAAGACUUUUGCUCUUUUUGUAAAUUGUUGUAUAGAAACAGGAAAUAAACAGACCAAAUGAGCACAAACUUUGCUUAUUCUGAAUAUUGUGCACAUUGUAUAUUAUGUGAUCUUGGCUUGCAACUGUCUUUUGUGAAUAUUUUUCUCUAGUUUUAUUUAUGUACAUUGUUAAUUUAGUUGAUGUUUUUAUAGUAGUUUUUUUUAAAUCGGAUGUAAUUUAUAAAGUUAAAAUAUAUUAGGUUUGAUCUCAUAGAAAAUGAUAACCAUAUAACCAAAAUGGGUUCACUUUAUAUAUAGUAUUCUUAGGCUUUUGCAGAAUUAUAAUUUUUAGGAGUAAGGUUCUUGUUAUAAUUGUGAAGAAACCGUUGCAAUUCAAUGUUAAAACUAUAUUAUUGUUGUUUUAAUGUCAUUAUACAUUGUUUAGGUUGUCAUAUCUGUCAGAAGAAGAAUAAAAUAUGUUGAUUAAA